AAACAGCUAAAGAAAGGCUAAAACGACGGCCUCUCCAACAAGCCAGGGGCGACAGCGCACACAAAUAACUCGCCACGUAUUGAGACUGUGAGCUACUUGUGUGCCGUCACGGUGACACUAACAUGAUGGGUUUUCCUCAGUUCCCAACCGUCGAAGCAAAGGUCGAUAGAGACGAUCUCUCUCUCUCUCUCUCUGCCCCCCUCACACACACACACACACACACACACACAUACAGAUAUACACACUCGGAGCUCGUGCGUUGAGAUUCGAGACUUAUUGUUUAAUCUGGACUGAAUCUUAAUAAUUGCGUGCACUUGAUUGACUAUCGCCUCGAAAAUAGGGAAGAAGAAAAACUUAGUUGGUUAUUUUAGGAGGUUUUUGGCCAUCAGUUUCUGUAAAGGAGAACAGGUUUAGCUCUGGCCUGAAAAAACAGUUUACACUUCGUUUUGAUUAUAUUUGAUUAAUUUGACGAACUUGCGUUAGGGUUUUGCUCGGAUUUUUUAAAUGAUAUUUUUGGUAUUUUUUUCACAAGUGUGUUGGUCAACUUUCUCGUUGUUGGACGAAUGAAAUAGUUGUAUUGGUGAAGAUGUGCAUUAUAAUAUUUAGGCAUAUGCUGCUUCUUACUUAUUUUUAUUGUUUGAUGAUAAUUGUGUACUAGGAAAUUCGUAUAUUUGGAUAUUUCAUCCAUUAUUUGAUUGCACGCCAGUUUUUUGUGGUAGGGGAAUCGGUGAAUGUAUUGCUAUCGGUAGUUUCUUCAGCUGGUUUUUCUAAGUAGCUCACAUUUUCGAAAUGCAAGUGUGUGAGACAGGAUAUUAGGUUCUUGUUGAUGGAGCUCAAUUUGUUUUGAUGUGCUGAGAAGCUUGGAUGAUCUGCAAUGUGGUGGAGGGGGGUUUUAGUAUUGUUACUCUGUUUUGCCACUUUAGGUGAAUCAACAGACAGGUUCUCUAGAUUUUUGUCUAUCAAUUUGGGUGCUGAGACGUCGUCCCUCUACAAAUGGACGGUUGCCAGCGCGGGCAUAUUUGUGGCAGUGGCUCUUCUUCUGUCGACGUUUCUUAUCUUUGAGCACUUAGCUGCAUACAAUAAGCCGGAGGAGCAGAAAUUCCUGGUUGGGCUGAUUCUAAUGGUUCCUGUUUAUGCAGUGGAAUCGUUCUUGUCGUUAUUGAAUGCUGAGGCUGCUUUUAACUGUGAAGUUGUUCGGGACUGUUAUGAAGCUUUUGCUUUGUAUUGCUUUGAGAGGUAUCUCAUAGCCUGCUUAGGUGGGGAGGAAAGUACCAUUGAAUUUAUGGAAAACCAGAACUGGAUCACUUCUAGUCUACCUAUUAUAGAUGAAACGUAUGCUUAUGGAGUCGUUGAGCACCCUUUUCCAUUGAAUUGUUGUCUAAAAGAUUGGAAACUCGGCUCUGAUUUCUAUCAAGGCGUGAAAAUUGGCAUCGUCCAAUAUAUGAUACUGAAGUUGAUAUGUGCGGCACUAGCAAUGCUCUUUCAGUCUUUAGGUGUAUAUGGAGAAGGAAAGUUUGAAUGGGGUUAUGCUUAUCCAUAUUUGGCAGUUGUUCUCAAUUUCAGCCAGACUUGGGCCUUGUAUUGCCUUGUGCAAUUCUAUUCUGUUACCAAGAAUAAGUUGGAACCUAUUAAACCUUUGGCCAAGUUUCUGACAUUUAAGUCGAUUGUGUUCCUGACAUGGUGGCAAGGUGUUGCCGUUGCAUUUCUUUUCUCUUUUGGAGCUUUGCAAGGGUCACUGGCACUGGUUCUGAAAACACGUAUACAAGACUAUAUUAUCUGUAUUGAGAUGGGUGUUGCUGCUGUGGUACAUCUUUAUGUUUUUCCAGCUGUACCUUACAAACGUGGAGAGAGAUGUGUAAGAAACGUAGCUGUGCUGGCAGAUUAUGCAUCACUAGGAACUCCACCAGAUCCAGAUGAGGUUCAAGAUUGUGAACGAUCCACCAGAGUUCGCUUUUCUCGGCAGGAAGACAGAGUGCAAACUCCAAAACUCCAUCAGAGCGUUCGUGAUGUGGUCAUUGGUAGUGGUGAAAUUAUUGUUGAUGACAUGAGGUUCACAGUGUCACACGUUGUAGAACCGGUUGAAAGAGGACUUGCUAAAAUCAACAAAACUUUCCAUCAGAUAUCUGAAAAUGUGAAACGGUAUGAUGAGGAGCGUAGGAAGUCCAAAGAUGAUACCCAUCUUGUCCCAUUGAUCUCAGGAACGAAAGAAUUCUCCGAUGUGCGUGAGAACCUUCCUGAAGGCAGUUUGAGUGACAGCGGUGUUUCUGAUGGGAAGAGACCUCAGUACAAAUCUAGAACUUCUUCGUCUUGGUUGAAACACAGAUAACUUAUGUUUAACCUGCUUCCGAAAUGGGCCACAGGUGACUAUCUCUAACUGCACUUGCACAUUGUGAAUUUAUCCUCUUCACGACUUUCUUGAGUUCUAGCGGGCAUUCCAUUCAGGUAUCUACUUUUUAGGUUAGGCGUAACUAUGCAGGAAGAUACAAUUUGUAAAUCUGAGUGAACUUUAGGUUUCUAACUGCGACGAGGCAUUGUUUUUAUGGUGCUAGUCGCAAGAAGAAUUAUAGCCCCCUCUAGGAUAUGGGUGAAGGGAUUGGCUAUCUAAGGAAUUACAAACUUAGAGUAUCUAGAAUUGGACUUGCUUUUGCUAUUCAUCAAUUGAAGAACAUAUGUAUGUAACAUAAUAUGACAUCUAAUGCAGUUUUGUGGUCUACAA